AUGGUGCUGGCAGAAGGACAGGUCACGCUGCUCCUGCUUGGGCUCUGGGUGCUCCUGGACCCAGGUCAGUGUUCCCCAGGCCGCCCCUCCUGGCGCUACGUCUCAUCUGAGGUGGUGAUUCCUCGGAAGGAGCUGCACCAGGGCAAAGGUGUGCAGGUGCCAGGCUGGCUCUCCUACAGCCUGCACUUUGGGGGCCAAAGACACGUCAUCCGUAUGCGGAGCAAGAAGCUUAUUUGGGCCAGACACCUGCUGAUGAUGACCCAAGAUGACCAAGGAGCCUUGCAGAUGGACUAUCCCUACAUUCCUACAGACUGUUACUACCUCGGCCACCUGGAAGACAUUCCUCUGUCCACCGUCACCAUUGACACGUGCUAUGGGGGCCUGGAAGGUAUCAUGAAGUUGGAUGACCUCACCUACGAAAUCAAACCCCUCAAGGACUCCAACACAUUUGAACACGUUGUGUCUCAGAUAGUGGCCGACCCCAAUGCCACGGGACCCAUGUACAGACUGGGACACGAGGAGGAUUUUGACCCCUUCUUCUCCAAGGUAAACAGUAGUGUGGCACCCAAGCUCUCUAGUUUCAACUACAUGUACCAUAUGGCCCAACUGAAAGGUCAAAUUCAAAUAGCCCACGGAAUGUUUACGGUACUCAACAAUAUUUCAAAAUGCGUCCAAUUUUCAAUAAACAUGUUUAGUAUUACUGACAGUCUUCUGAGAGGAAUUGCCUUUAGACACUAUAUUUAUCUCCUAAACGUAUACAACCAGCAAGAUCCAAUCGCUCUGAAUGAUUUUCGGGUUCCUUAUGGUCCAAUCCAUACUUAUUAUAAAGCAAAUAUUUAUGAUAUCUACAAGCCUUUUCCAUCAACAUUGAUUACAAAAGAUGCACCAAAUGAUGAUUUCCAAGAACCUUAUAGGUAUGGCACCUGUGGCGGUGUUAACUUGAUUAUCAUGGCUUCCAAGAGCAGACAUUAUCUGCUGUUGGCUAUUUUAGCUGCACAUAAAAUUGGAAGACUGAUAGGGUUAGGGUAUGACAGCUCGGACUGUGUGUGCCAGAGAAGAGCAACCUGCUUGAUGAGGAGAUUCCCUGAAAUGACAGACUCGUUCAGUAACUGCUCUUUUGUCCAUACACAACAUGUAGUUUCAAACAGAAAUAUUAAUUCAUGCUAUUACCUCCCAGAAAGGUCGUACCUCAAUAGAACCCUGUUACAGACGCGCUGUGGAAACUUCUUAGUGGAAGAAAGGGAGCAAUGUGAUUGUGGCUCCUUCAAGCAUUGUUAUGCCAAUCCAUGCUGUCAAAGCAACUGUCAUUUCACACCUGGAAGUGUGUGUGAUAAACAACAGUGCUGCACAAACUGCACCUACUCCCCCACUUCAACUCUCUGCAGACCUGUCAUGAACAUAUGUGAUCUUCCAGAGUACUGUGGGGGGUCCACCUACACAUGCCCUGAUAAUUUUUAUUUGCAAGACGGAACCCCAUGCACUGAAAAUGGUUACUGCUACAGAGGGAACUGCACUGACCCCACUAUGCACUGCAAGGAGAUCUUCGGUAAAACUGCCGAGAACGGUCCUGGGGAUUGCUAUGCCAUAAAUAUCAACACCUUCCGGUUUGGACAUUGUAAGAGAGUGCCACAUCAGAACGUCUACGAAGCUUGUGCCCCGGCAGACAAGCAGUGUGGAAGGUUACAGUGCAUCAACGUCACCCAGCUUCCUCAGCUGCAGGACCAUGUUUCGUUCCACCAGUCUGUGUACAACGAGUUCAUCUGUUUCGGACUGGAUGAACACCGGUCGACAGGAUCAACUGAUGCUGGACAUGUGAGAGAUGGUACUCCCUGUGGUGAAGGACUUUUCUGUCUUCAGAGUAAAUGUAACAUGACUAUGAAUAACCUGCAUUACGACUGUUUCCCUGAGAAGUGCAAUUUUAGAGGCCUUUGCAACAAUAACAAGAAUUGCCACUGCCACGUUGGCUGGGAGCCCCCACUGUGCCUGAGUCCGGGUGCUGGUGGGAGCUCACAAAGCGGCCCCCCCCCAAGAAGAAUGCGCACAGUAACAGACAGCAUGGAGUCGAUUCUUUACUUGAGAGUGGUCUUUGCUCGUGUUUAUUGUUUUAUUUUUGCACUGCUCUUUGGGGUAGCCACAAACGUGCGAACGAUUAAGACUACCAUUGUCCAGGAACAAACAGUUACUGAGCCACAGUAA